AUGAUCUCCAUCUUGUUUUUUUCUUUUCCUGAUUCUUCUUCCUAUCUGUUUCUUUACAUCUUUUCCUUAUUUGGCUUUUUACAUUCUCCUCUUUUUCUUUUUACUCCGCCAUUUUGUUCUUCUGCUUAUUCUAAACUGUCAUCUAUGCAUGCGACGUUUAUCAUUUUCUCUUCUUCUGCUUUUUUCUUCUUCUUUUUUCUUCUUUCUUCUUCUUCUUCUUUACGUUCUCUCUUCUCAUUAGUGUUACUUUUCUUUCUUUCUUUCUUUCUUUCUUUCUUUCUUUCUUUCUUUCUUUCUUUCUUCAUUAGCCUCUACAUCUUUCUCAUUUUUUUCUUUUCUUUGGUCUUUUUAUCUGUCUUCCACUCCUUUCUUUUCUUUCCUUUUUUUUUAUUCCAAUCUCGACUUUCCUUAACUUUUACUUCUUCCCUUUCUUCACUAUUGCCUAUCUAUCUUUCCUUCUUUCUUUCUUUUUUUCUUACUUUCUUUCUUUCUUUCUCAGAUUUUCCUCUUCUUCAUUCCUCUUUCCUUCGUGUUCAUCUUUUCUUUUGUUUUCUUUCACGUUACUUUUUCGUUCCUUCCCUUUUACCAUCAUUUACGCCUUUCUUUCUAGGCAUUUCUCUUCUGUUAGCUUUUCUCUGUUUCUUUAUAUUUCCUCCUGUCUGUCUUCUAAGAAAUCACAGUUUUUUUUUUAACCUCCUGCUUGGCACAUUCUCCCUCAAAAACACCACCCAAAACAAUGCAAGAGUCAUAUACAGACACAUUCACAGACCUUUCUCAUCAAUCUUUUUAUCUCAUUGCUCUCUCUCUCUCUCACUAUUUCUCUCUUUCCUUUUCGCUUACUCCUUUCUCUUUUUGUUUCUCUUUUUUCUCUACAUUCUCAUUUCUGUUGAUUCUACUCUCUUUUUUUCUCUUCACUCUCCCUACUCUCUUACUUCUCUAUUUCUCUCUCUUCCUUCAUUCUUUUCUCUUCUUUCUCGCAUUUCUCUACUCGAUUUCUCUUCUAAUUUCUCUUAUUCUAUCAUGUUUCUUUUUCCCCCAUUGUUUUACAUUUUAAGAUUCCCCCUCUCACUUUGCUUCUAUUCUUCUUCUUGUUCCUCUUCUUCUUUCAGUCUUUUAUUUUAUCUCUUUCUUCUUCCUUGCUUCCUCUAG